AUGGUUACUGUAUUCAUCCUCCCAAUUAUCGCCCUAAUCCAUGGCCACCAUUCUCAGGAGCUCAUAGAUUUGACAAAGAAACAGAGACUCAAUAGCAGAAGCACCACCUAUAACCAGACUUUGAUUCGAUACACUACAAAGGUCCUGGAUACAAUUUUGUUGAAUCAAGACAAAAAUUUUAGACCUAUGAAUCCAGACAAUUCUCCCCUUCAAGUCGAGGUGGACAUCUCUGUAAGGUCCAUGGGGCCAAUUUCCGAGCAGAAUAUGGAAUUCUCUCUGGACUGCUAUUUCCGUCAAAAAUGGUUGGAUCGACGAUUGGCAUUCACUCCAAUCAACCCAUCGAAACCGGAAAUUCCAUUGGCAUCGAAAAUGCUCAAAGACAUUUGGGUCCCGGAUACGUAUAUUAGAAAUGGACGAAAAUCCUAUCUACACACUCUCACAGUGCCGAAUAUCUUGUUUAGAGUUAGGUCUGAUGGUCAGGUGCAUGUUUCGCAGAGAUUAACCAUCCGUUCCCGAUGUCAAAUGUUCCUCAAAAAGUUUCCAAUGGAUACCCAAGCGUGUCCCAUAGAAGUCGGAUCCUUGGGCUACUUUUCAAAAGACGUCAUCUAUCGAUGGAAGGAAGUUGAGCUGGAUUCAAAGAUGGGAAAUAUGCUCAGCCAGUAUCAAAUACUUUCUCUCUCGAAAUCCGAGAGAAAUGUCUCUGAUUUUCGAUAUACUGACAGAAACAUAUCCGUUCUAAACGUCUAUUUCAAACUACAACGUCAACAAGGCUACUAUAUCCUCCAAAUUUACACCCCUUGCACUUUGGUCGUUGUCAUGUCAUGGGUCUCAUUCUGGAUCAACAAAGAAGCGUCGCCAGCAAGGGUCUCAUUGGGUAUUAUGACCGUUUUAUCGAUGAGUACCAUUGGAUUCGGUUUGAGGACGGAUCUUCCCAAAGUUUCACACUCUACUGCUCUGGAUGUGUACAUAUUGUCCUGCUUUGUCUUCCUGUUUGCCGCGAUGGUGGAGUAUGCCGUGAUCAAUUACGCCCAAAUUGUGUAUAUUCGAAAGCAAGUAAACGAUUUGAAGGGUCUCGGACAGAAUAGUGCGAUGGGACAAAUGUUCAGUGCUGGGUUGAUGGGCGCCGCCAGAAGGGACACCAUGCAAGUGGACGAUUUGGCUGUGGAAAAAGAGGAAGCACGGCUCAAGGCGGUCCCGUGGUGGAAGAAAUUGUGCAAUAAGGAUGAGCAAGGAAAUACAUCAGUAUUUUUCAAAAAAAUUGAAAAAAUCCAAAAACUCCAAAAAUUUGCAGUUUUCUACCGUAUGGCCGUAAAAGCUGCAAUCGCUAAGAAAACACUGAGGAAUGGGGAUCCUGCGGAGGUCGUCAACAAAAUCGAUAAUUUCUCAAAAUGGGCGUUCCCAACACUAUAUAUAGUUUUUAAUGUUUUCUACUGGGUCGCAUAUCUUCAUUUGAUACCCGAUGAGAUUGAUAGUUUACCCAAUAUCUCUGGUGGCUUGUAUUAA